AUGGCAUCGCUUCAAGUUCAGGGUCGGCUUUCUAAGCUUAUUUCGAAGCCCAUUCCCUAUUGGCUGGAAUUACGCGAUGGAAAGGCGGAUACAUCAUCGUCGCCUCUGCCUCAAGAUGCAGAUGAGAUCUUCAAGAAACUCAAGGAGACGGGUCUCAACCCAAAUGCGGUGGCCAUGCUCGAUGGCCUUUGUAAAGAUGGCCUAGUUCAAGAAGCCAUGAAAUUCUUUGGUUUAAUGAGGGAAAAGGGUACCAUUCCCAAAGUUGUUAUUUACGCUGCCAUCGUUGAAGGCUUCUGCAAGGCCCACAAAUUUGAUGAUGCCAGGCCUAAAAGGAUUUUCAAGAAAAUGCAAAAUAAUGGCAUUUCUCCCAAUGCAUUCUCUUACUCUGUCUUGACUAGGAUACAAGGUGUGUAUCAAUUUGAGGAAUUAGAAGACGCUUUUGCCUUUUGCGUCGAGAUGUUGGAAGCUGGUCAUUCUCCAUAUGUCCCCACUUUUCUCGGCUUGGUCGCACGAUUGUGUUUGCAAAAGGGUGUUGAAGAAGCUCGGACCGUAAUUGCAACCUUAACGCAAAAGGAUUUUUUCAUCAACAGGAAAGCAAUUAAAGAAUAUAUGGAGAAAAAACCAACACAUCCAUCUAUUCGAGAAGCAAUCUUCGGGAAUGACACCCAAGAGAGGCCAUUUCAAUUUUGA